UAUACAUAUCGAAUUCUCUGUACUUGUAGCAUGGUCAUACUCUUGGUCCUGUUCUCUUACAUGAUUGCUCAACUUUGUGAUAAACCUUUUGUCCUCCUGUCAAGCUAACUCGAAAACAAACAUUUCAGCCUGAGGGCGUGCUUCUCUCGUUGCAAUGGAGGCCAGGUUUUUCAGGUUUCUGAAGCUCGUCGGAGUCGGCUUCAAAGCGAGAACAGAGCGUGAAGGACGCGAGUUGUUUCUGAAGGUAGGCUUCAGCCAUGAAGUGCAGUUCACCGCCCCGCCCGCCGUCCGCGUCUAUUGCUUCAAACCCAACCUAAUCUGCUGCAUUGGUAUCGACAAGCAAAGGGUGCACAGCUUCGCUGGUGCCGUCCGAACCAGCAAGCCUCCGGAGGUGUACAAGGGAAAGGGCAUACUAUACAUCGAGGAGGUUAUAAAACUUAAGCCGGGGAAGAAGGACAGGCAGAAGAGAGGGAAAUAAUAUGCAUGCCAUGCGGCUAUCUCGUGCCAAGUGAAGAACUUCGCAAUAAUAUGACCUUUGUUUUGCUUUGAGCUACCUAGAUGUCACCUUCAGUAGCUCAACGUGUUUGGUACUGCCACAACUGUCUUCAUCUUUUGUCUACAGAUCAUCAGCUUGUUAUGUGUUAUAUGAUAGU